AGUCAGUGUUUUGUUUUUUUUGUCAGACUGAAUUUCUGUAACCUCUCAGGGAAAAGCUGUGAAGCUCUUUCCUUAGUUCUAAGCUGCCAGUCCUCCUGUCUGAGAGAGCUGGACCUGAGUGACAAUGACCUUCAGGAUUCAGGAGCCAAACUUCUUUCUGCAGAACUGCAGAGUCUGCAUUGUACUCUGAAAACUCUGAGUCUGUCAGGCUGUCUGAUCACAGAGGAAGGCUGUACUUCUCUGGCCUCAGCUCUGACCUCCAACCCCUCCCACCUGAGAGAGCUGGACCUGAGCUACAAUUAUCCAGGAAACUCAAUAGUGAAACUGCUGGCAGCUGGUCUGAAGGAUCCACAGUGGAAACUGGACACUCUCAGGGUGGAGCCUGCUGGAGUCCGAUGGUUGAGACCAGGUCUGAGGAAGUAUUCCUGUCAACUCACAAUCGACACAAACACAGUUCACACAAAGCUCAGACUGUCUGACAACAACAGGAAGGUGACACGUGUGGAGGAGAUUCAGUCAUAUCCUGAUCAUCCAGACAGAUUUGAUGUUUAUCCUCAGUUUCUGUGUAGAAAUGGUCUGACUGGUCGCUGUUACUGGGAGGUCGAGUGGAGAGGAAACGUUUAUAUAUCAGUGAGUUACAGACAAAUCGGAAGAAAAGGAAACAGCGACGACUGUUUAUUUGGACACAAUGAUCAGUCCUGGAGUUUGCACUGCGCUGGUGAAGGUCCUCGUUGUGUCUGGCAAAAUAAAAGAUACACAUCCAUCUCCUCCUCCUCCUCUGUCUCUAACAGAGUAGCAGUGUAUGUGGACUGUCCUGCUGGCACUCUGUCCUUCUACAGAGUCUCCUCUGACACUCUGAUCCAUCUGCACACCUUCAACACCACAUUCACUGAAACUCUUUAUCCUGGAUUUAGGUUCAAUCCUGGUUCCUCAGUGUCCCUGUGCUGA